UGAAGAAAAGAGCCCAGAGAUAGGAUUACAAUAUCUGUAGCCAAACAGUACAUAAAGAAAAGUCGAUACAUUGCUGCCUAAGCAAUAUCUGAGUUGAUGAUGUCACAAUUAUAUUUCCCAAGUAGUCCUUUCAGCUAGAUAACAGUUUAAAGCAAAUAAGUUGAUGAUGUCAUAAUGAUGUUUCCCAAGUUGUCCGUUUCACACAGCCUAGGCAAAUCAUCAAACUCAGUUUGAUUAUUAGUAGCAUCAUGGCUUUAUUGCAAGUUGUGAACUUUUUAUUUAUUCUAUUAUUUUUUAUAACUGAAGCUUUUUCAAUGGAAUCACCAAAAGGUUUUUGGAGUGCAGCAGUAAUGAAAGAAGUUUCUGAAUUAAGAAGAAUAGCUGUUUCUAGCCUUGUCUGCGUUAUAUUAAUAAUACUGCUUAGCAUCAUUAUUGUAUGGUUAAAAUCGAAGAUAAAAAAGAUCAAUGAUAACAUGGUACAAACCUCUUCAAAAGAUGCGCAGACAAUGACAGAGAGUGUAGAUGAGGAACAUGAACUACGAGAAGUCCUUGUCAUAAGCCCUAAAAAAACAGAACAAAAAAAAGAUGAAGAUAAAGAAGAUAUUGAGACAAGGGAAAAAGUAGAGGAAAAGUCCCUUGAUAAGCAUAAAGUGGAAGAUCAAAAUGAAGAACAAGAAGCCACAGUUAUAGGCAAUCUGGAAGAAAAUGAGAAAGACGAAAAAGAACUCAAAAAAGAGAGACCUAAAAAGAAAAGACUAAAGAAGUGUUUUCGUUUCCUGGCUCCAGUGAUCAAGCAAAUAGAAGGUCGAAAGAAAGGAAAAAAUUAGAAACAUGAAAAAAUGAGAAGCAAAUGAUACAAAAAGUAAUACAGCCUUACCACCAUUGACCACCAUGUUAAACCAACAGUCUUCUCCUAAUUUGUCUAGUAAUGAGUAGGGAUGCACCGAAUCCAGG